AUGGAAAUAUACGACUUUGCCAGAAUUUAGCUUGAUAACGUGCUACUUAGCUAGCCACCUGGAGAUUUACAAAGAUGAUGUCAGUUUAAAAGCCGCUUUAAUCGUCAAAACACAACCUGCUGUUGUACCCUCCCAUAAAGUGAACACAGGGAGGCUGAUAUUCAUCCCUCCAGUUCCCAGGGAUCCCUCAGCCUGCCCUGAUGAAGGCCGAGCAAGACGAAGACCUCCUGGAAGAGGACUCCCCUCAGGAGAAUGAAGCUGAGACAAACCAGUACAGCUCCGUCUCUCCUCCUUCCUCACCAGUAGCCCAGGAUGAACCCUUCUCCACAUACUUUGAGGACAAGGUGGCCAUUCCUGACAAUGUCAGCCAGAUGUUCAGCUUCCGUAAACUCUGGGCCUUCACUGGACCGGGGUUUUUGAUGAGCAUUGCUUACUUGGAUCCAGGGAACAUCGAGUCCGACCUGCAGUCCGGAGCUAAAGCCGGCUAUAAGCUCCUGUGGAUCCUCCUCGGAGCCACCAUCAUCGGGCUGCUGCUGCAGAGGCUGGCUGCGCGCCUCGGGGUCGUCACGGGGAUGCACCUGGCUGAAGUCUGCAACCGCCAGUAUUCCACAGUUCCUCGGGUCAUGCUUUGGGUGAUGGUGGAGCUGGCGAUUAUUGGCUCGGACAUGCAGGAGGUCAUUGGCUGUGCCAUCGCUCUCAACCUUCUCUCAGUGGGCAGGAUACCACUGUGGGCAGGAGUCCUCAUCACCAUCACAGACACAUUUGUGUUCCUCUUUCUAGACAAAUACGGCUUGAGGAAACUUGAAGCCUUCUUUGGAUUCCUCAUCACCGUAAUGGCUUUGAGCUUUGGUUAUGAGUAUGUGGUGGCAGCACCAGACCAAGCGGAGCUUCUGAAGGGGAUGUUCAUCCCCUACUGCGCCGGCUGCGGGUCUGUGCAGCUGGAGCAGGCCGUGGGAAUUGUAGGCGCCGUCAUCAUGCCCCACAACAUCUACCUGCACUCAGCACUGGUCAAGUCUCGGGAUAUUGAUCGGAAAAAUAAGAAUGAAGUAAAGGAAGCCAACAAGUACUACUUCAUCGAGGCAACCAUCGCUCUGUUCAUCUCCUUCCUGAUCAACGUCUUUGUCGUAGCGGUCUUUGCCGAGGCCUUCUACGGCAAAACCAAUAAUGACAUGAAUCAAAAGUGCAAUGAAACCGGCCUCCUGCCAAACGAUCUCUUCCCUCGUAACAACGAGACACUGCAGGUGGACAUCUACAAAGGGGGAAUUGUGCUGGGCUGUAUCUUUGGACCUGCAGCCCUCUACAUCUGGGCCAUAGGAAUCCUGGCAGCUGGACAGAGCUCCACCAUGACAGGCACUUACUCUGGGCAGUUUGUCAUGGAGGGAUUCCUGAACCUUCGUUGGUCCCGUUUUGCGCGGGUUCUGCUGACCCGCUCCAUCGCCAUCACUCCUACACUGCUGGUCGCCAUUUUUCAGGAUGUUAAGCAUCUGACGGGGAUGAACGACUUCCUGAACGUUCUUCAAAGCAUGCAGCUUCCUUUUGCCUUGAUCCCAAUUCUGACCUUCACCAGUAUGAAAUCUAUUAUGAACGACUUUGCAAACGGAAUGGUGUGGAAGAUUUCAGGAGGCAUCGUCAUCCUGGUGGUUUGUGCCAUCAACAUGUACUUUGUGGUGGUGUACGUCACGGCGCUGCACAGUGUGCUGCUCUAUGUCCUCGCUGCUCUGCUCUCCUUGGCCUAUCUGUGCUUUGUGGGCUACCUGGCCUGGCACUGCUUGGUUGCCCUGGGGGUUUCCUGCCUGGACUUUGGCAGCAGGAUGCAACUGUCCCGGCACACUGACAUUUACCUACUGACUGACAUGGACACUGACACUGGUUGAGAAGAAGGAGGACGCGAUGUGAGCAGAUGUUGAUCUGAUGACCCGAUAGUAGCGAAGGACCACUGAAACCCGGCCAGUAUGUGCUAGUCUUCACCUCUCUGUGCCUAGCAUGUCUUUAAAGUGUCCUUAAAGUACACACUGUGUUGUACACCCAGUAAUGUAUAAUCCAAUUGAGGAUGCUUUUUAUUGUAAAUAUGUUGUCAAUCUCAGCCAAAUAAUGUUAAUGCAAAUAAUGGUUUAAUAUCUCGGAAAGAUGCUUGUUCCUGUAACAAAGCAAACUACAUCAAGUUUAAAAUUUAAAAAAACAAACAUCUCUUAAAGUCCAAUAUAACAUGUUUUGCCAACUAGGCAAUACUGUGAGGAACAUGCUUUCUACAAAGACAUUGCACAAUAAUAAACUUACAAUUCCACGACCACAUCAUUGAAAUAACAGUGAAUUAAAUUCAGAGGGGUCAGUCAGCUGUUUUCAGAGGAUGCUGCACUUAGUGUGCCGCGGACCUAAAAUAUUUACAGCACUCUGCACAUUUCAUUCACUCUUCUUGGUUUAGCUGAAAUGACAUUAGAAAUAUAUAUUUAUAAAUUUGCCAUGGUUACACAGCCCUGUGACAGAAGGUUCUGAAAAGUCUGAUAUGAAUGUCAAGAUUUUAUUUAAAACAUGUUUUUCAUUUGGUAGGAACUGAAUAGCUGUCCUUGUUUAAUUGUAUGUGAUUCAAAAUCCUUCAUCAAGAUGUUAUUAAUAUUAAACGAAUACAUUGUUUAAAUUAAUAUAUUGAAUAUCUAUAUAACCCUUGACAAAUAUACAAGGUAUUGAUGUCUGUUUAUUCACACUUUUUCCUGUGUUUUAUACUAUUUGAAAGGGUGACAGUUUAAUGUCAUUUUAUACACAGUUAUGCUACUAUUUUAGGUGCUUGGAAUUCUGUUUCUUGGAAAUAAAAUCUAUAUAUCCUU